CGGUACUUGGUAGUGAACAACCGAGUUUUUUUGUUUACAAAUCUUAACCUCAAUUUAAAUGUCAUUCUUUUAUCGUCAGCUUAGUUUACCUAUCAAUUUAUUUAGAAAAUACCGCAUUAGUAAAGAUAAUUGUUACUGACAAAUUUGGUGAUACUAACGAAUUUUACAUCACAGUUUCCAAGAUAAAAGAAUUAUUGAUAUGUAAAAUAACAUCUAGGGCUCGAGCCUAAGCCCUACUGUGUAUAGUCACUUUUAAAGGAAUAUAUCUCUUCCCAAAAGAAAUAUUAUGUCUCAAAAUAUUCUGCAAGAUUAUGCUGAAGAGGUCAGUAAAUUGAGGAGCCUUGGCAGGGAAAUGGAAUUGACAGAAGACCAAAUAAACCAGGUGAUUGAGGAUUCAUUCCAUUUCCUGGAGACUGAAGAGCAUCCGGCUCGGCCUGAAUGCCCUGCACCACACUCGGCUCGCCGAGUCUGGUUGACAUCUCUGAUACUAUGUGUACUACUGGUGGUCUCGGCCAGCAUGCUCCAGAGAUCCUCAUUGUUUGGCUACAGGAAAACAAUUAACAAUUAUAUAGAACGGAACGUCCAGGAGAUGAUUUACCCGAGCAUGAAGUUGUUUCGGAAGAUAAUGCUGCCAGUUGUCAACCACUUUCCAUCAGUUACAGCAUGGUACGAUGAGACUUGCUUGGUUGGCAACCCUUACUUCCAAGUGUCUGACAUGGAAUGUUGGCCCUGCGAGGGAGUGCGCAGUGUUCUCAACCUAACCGGCAGCACACUCAAUCAUGACAGCUGCCAUUCUGGCCUUCCUUUCGUUUACAGGGAUGAAGCUGUAAACGAAGUGAACUAUGGCAGACUGCGGACUACUUACUUAGAGAACAGAGCCAUGUUCGACCGAGAUGCCCUAAGAGUGAUAUCACCAGGCCCUUGGCAGACCAUCGCUGACGUUCUGGAAAACGAGCAGUUCGAGCCAACAUAUUAUGCGGAUUCUCAUAUUGUCUGGAGACUUAAUCGGCUAGAACCAACAAGAGCUGUGCGCCGUUUGUUUGGUUCUCCCCAACAGGUGCCUCCUUACACCACUGGUUCUACUCCUGAGAAAUACGUGAUACUAGACGAGGCAAAAGCUGCUCCUUAUCCUCUGCCCACAACAGAGGGUUCCACGGUGUUUGUGGUGCAAGGAAGUGGAGCGAGGAUGGUGGUGCUGUCCCCGGCACCCGAGUGCAAGCACUACUGUCACCGUGUCUCAAUUGUGCUGCAACCUCAUCAUAUCCUGUGGUACAACUGGUGGUAUUGGAGAGCUUCAAGCUUUCCUCUGGUGGUCAACACUGAACUUAGUAUCUCGUAUGUUGGCUCCUUCUUCUAGAUUAUACACAUGUUCACUUAUUAGAUUUAGGUUUUAUAUUUUUAUAUUUCUAGUCAUGUUUUAUAAAAUUUGAUUCCAGUAUUAAAGAAUUUAAUUAUA